UUUUUUUUUUAUUAUAUCCCAUCUCACUGCAGCCUUAAUUUUUCUGCAACGGCAGAAUUUUCAGGCACACCCAUUCCCACUCUUGAACACCCCUCACAUCCAGGUCAAUUGAACCACUCUCUUAACUCUUGCCAUCCUCCCAGCACAGCAUUUCGACGCCGCAUCGACGCCGCAUCACCUGGAGAUCUUCUCCAGCCCUACCUUAACCCUUUUUCUCUCUCGCGGAUCAUCACUAUUGAUCAAGAAGAAAGCUACACCCUCAUUCUCUUCUUGAUACAUCUCCCUUCAAUUAAAUCAACCUAACCCUACCAGGCAAUACCUCGUCUUCAAUAUGACAUUCUCAGGUCUUCCCAGUCUUCGCGACCCAAAACAGAGCCACAAGAACUCGGCCUCAUCAGCAUCACCUACCUCCACCUCCUCCUCAGCAGCUUCCUCCCCCACAAAGUCACCUCAAUCUGAUCAGCAAUAUGCCGUUUCUAAUGCUCCAGACAACAUUAAUCCUCCAUCCAGUCCCACAUCCAUGCCAGGUGUGAAUGCGAACGCAGAACCUAUGGUAUCAACCCUGAUUGAAAAAUCCUGUGAGGAGCUGGUGCAAGCCAGCAUUGGCAGCGCUAGCAGCUUCAAUAUGGAUAUGUCAUCAAGUCCAUCUUCGCCGACGAUCAUUCAAACAGAGUCGAGACAGCAGCAGCAGAUCCAACUACCAACCCCACCGGUACUUUCAGCCAUGGCCACCGCCGCAACCAAGAAGAAAAGCCCCCAGAGCCUCAGUCCAAUACACAGUGCUGCAUACCGCAAACGGUUGAAUGUUAAUCAAGUCUGCGACUGGUGCCGGUACCGCAAGAUCCGCUGUGAUCGUGAGUCCCCAUGUAACUCGUGUCAACACUCCAAGCGAGAGUGCAUCCGCACCCCACCCUCAGUCUUGCUCAACAACAUGAAGAGUAAUAGUGCCACCGAUGACGCCGAACCAUCCAGCCCUGGAAAGACGAAACGGAGUCGCGCAGAUAACAAGGAUGGUCGAUUCCCUCGAGCCAGCAAAUCGUAUCGCGGCAGCAGUAUCAGCUCUUAUCACAGCUCCUCGUAUACAUCACACUCCUCGGAUGAAAACGACAACGACGCCGAUGAUGAGGAUGGAUCGGUUGCCAGUGGCGUAAGAGCCGGAGAGUCGUCGGUCUCUCCGGCAGUCAACUCACUGACCUUGGCUGGCUUGGGUCUGGGUCUGGAUACGAGUCAACGCGGCAACGAACUUCAACUGGGCAGCCUGCCCUUGUCGUUCUCAACAGGCGUACUGUCGCCAGGAAAUUCAAUGUCGGGUCAAGCAAGUCUACAGGAUCAGGAGCACUUAGAGCGUAUGAGGCGAAUCGAGAUGUUGCUGAGCAGUGUCAUCCCGGGCGCGGCAGAGUUUAUUGCACAAGGCACAACAAGUUCCCAGCUACAUCAACAAAAACAAAAACAACAACAACAGUCCUCCUUGGCCUCUUCGAGCGCAGGUCUACUAUUGCUCCAAAAAGAAGGCGAAUCCUCAGAACAACACCAACAGCAGGUAUUUGGACCAGCUUCGGACCAUAUCGAGCGAAUGAAGCGCAUUGAGCUGCUGCUGGGUACUCUGCAGGAUCAACCCCUCGCCAUGGCCCUCAUGUCCCAGUCCCGAGGGGGCUCCUCGCAGGGAACCAGCGCCGACGUUUCUGAUAGCAACAUCAAAUCGCAAAAGAAACUGUCCAAGGAAUUGAAAAAGCAAAACAAGAGGGAGGCAAAGAAGGUCAGCAGUAAUGGGCAGAUGGUAAAGCGACCCCAUGUGGCAGCAGGGUUCGCCGGUCAAAAACCACCACCUAAGCUACCACAGGCGAUCGCAGAAGCCGCUCAGAAGAAGCAAGGCGUACGAAAGAAACGCGCCUCUACUGUUACCGCUCGGGCUACUACAGCGAAUACCAACGCAACCUCAACUUCAAGCUCGGUUACGGAGAAUACUGGAAAGGUGUCUGCACAUCCUACAGCUGAUGUUUCUAUGCCAUCCAGCCGAGACAAAAUGGCGUCCCUUUCACCAAGCGCAUCCUUCGAAAUCCUUCAGGAUAUCGAUAGUCAAUCGAAGACAGGUCGGAUGCAGGGGCAGCACCAGGCUUUGGUGAUGCCACAACCAGCACAACAGCAUCUUCAGAUGGCCUCACGCGGAGAGACAGCUUCCUAUCAACAGCAACAGCAGCGUACAACUUCUGCAAUCCAUCCUUUUCAGCAGUAUCAUCAGUUUUCGAGCUCCAGCUUUGGCUCUAUGGCCAUCCCCCUGUCGAACUCGAUGCCUUCGUAUGGAUCACUUGUUGUCCCUGCAUCCUCUUCACCAUCGUCUUCUGCCAGCUCCUCUCCUCGUACAUCAAGAGCUGAAACAGUAUCCAUUGACGGGUCUGUACAGGACAACAUGAGCAUCUCAGCUGCAUCAAUCGAUACUGCUGGAUCUGUGGACAACAUGACCUUCCCGGGGUCGCACUCUCACCUGCAGAAUCAUGGUACCCAUCUACAGCUGUCGUAUUCUCAAGCGGCAGCGCAACUCUCAGGCAGCCUUCAGCUGGGAUUCGACUUUUCGUCUUCAGAAGCGGCGCUCCAACAAUCCAGAGACCCACAGGUCCAUCCUUUUUCUGACCACACAGUCAACCAACAGCAGCAAGCCGUUCAUAUAAGCCAGAGCGGUUUUGAUGACUUGGGACUGGACAUGAGCGAGUCGUUGGAGUCGUUGAUGAAGAAAAACAUGGGCUCCUAUGAGGGACUUGUCAACUUUGCAGACCAAGCCGCUGCAGCACAGAUUCUCAAUCCUCCUUUGUUCAACGGAUCUCCAGUUGCCCAGUGUGGGUUCUUCCAGCAGCAGCAGCAGCAGCAGCAGCAAGCUCAACAGCGCUUCCAGGGACUUGACAGCAUUGCAACUCAACAAAAUCAGACCCAGUUGGCAUUCCAGGACGUAUCCCGCUCGAUGUGGAUCCCCAGCCAUUCUGGUUCCUUCACCGUCCCUGCUGACCCACAGUUCUCAUGGCCACAUCAAGGCCGACAGCAACCUCAUCAGUCUUCCCAAAGCAUCAAUAUCAGUGUGGGUGAUUCUCCACAGCCGGAGAUGGAACUAGACCUAGAUCUUGAGGACCACGGCACUACUGCGACUGACGAGCAGCAGCGCCAGUUGAACGCACACGCUUUGUUCCAGCAACAGCACCAACAGCAAAUGCAGCAAAUGCGCAAGAACUCGUUAGUGGCGCAACACCAUUCUCUCCAGCAGCACCGAGCCUCAAUCCAGAUCCAGCACCAGCACCAGCAGACGUUUUAUAUCCCACAGAUGCAGGACGACGAUGAUGAGGACCAAAUGCAGACUAUGUACGAUAACAACAGGUCCAACCACGGCAGUAACAGCAAUGAGACCACUUCAUCUAAUCCCUCUGCUUCCUUUGACGCGUGAGGUAACAAAUUAUUAGACUAUCUAUCCUGUAUUAUAACCCACUUGUUACAUAUCUCUCUACUCCUCCUUACGCUGCAAUAAAACAGUGGUCCGGA